CUUCCUUCAGGGUGGAGAUUGUGUUAGCAGCAGCUUGUCUGAUGAAACUAGUGAACUAUAUACUUCAAUCCACUACAAGGAAAUGAGUUAAAAGCUCAACUAAUGCCGUACGGACAUGUCUUCGUUGCUCUACUGCUGCUUACAGAUUACACUGGUACAUCAAGUGAGGAUCAAGGACCAUCUCCAACCUGAUUGCUGUGUCAGGAGGAGAGCCAGUGGGAUGUAGAUGGACAUUCUCAUUGGCUAAGACUGCUUCUUUGUAUGUAGGUAAGAUUUGUGCUGGUAUUAAUUACCAUUAUUUUGUUUUGUACAAGGAAAGAUUUGCUCGCUGUCAUUAUUACAGGCUUUAACAUCAUGCUUUUAAAAGUAUGUUUUUUUUUUUGUUUUUUUUAUGUAGUGCUUGUGCAUUCCUUUUUAAUAUAACAAGCCAGGAAUUAUAAAUGGGUUUAUGUAUAUCUGUUUCUCUAUCUCUCUCUUUUUCAGUUUGUCUCUAUCUCUGUGUUAGUCUGUCAAUUUACCAGUGCGUCUCUCUUUUUCUGUGUGUGUAUGUAGAGGAACUAUUUACAUGUGUGUGCAUGUGUUGGCCCUUGGGCACCUGAAAUGCAAGCCAACUAUUUCUCAUCCCAUCUGUCCUGUAAAAAAGUUUAGUAAUGCCUAGAUCUAUAUAGCUUUCAUAUAAAAUAACACAGAGACAAGCUCAGAUAGUAGACAUUUGUAAAAAUUACCAGAUUUGCCUGUAUUUCAUUGUAGUAAAAUCCUGGAGAAUUAGGGAUUGACCAUUUGAAAGCAAUGUUGUAUUCUUAUUGGCUGGAAUCCAACUUGUGGGUAUUGACAAAAAAAUUUAACAUUGGAUAUAAACUAAUCGCAGCACUUACUGCAAAACAAAAUGACAUGUUCUGUGGCAUUUGCAUACAUUUUGGAACUUCACUAAAUGAUCUCGGUAAUGUAACCAUGUAAUUGCUGUAUUUGACAAAGACAAGCUCUCCUACAAUUUGUGUAUAUUGGGUGGGGAAUAAUGUAUGAGUAAUUGUAGUGAGAGAUUUGUCAUUCUAAAUCUCUUGUCAUUAUUACUGCUUAAAAGUGUUUGUUUGUUUAAGGGAAAUCUGUUUUGGAGAUAUUGCUGUUUUCUACCAAGUUAAUUGUAGGUAGGAAAUGAUACACCGAUACAAGUAGGCAGUACUCAGAAUUCUUCAAUAAUAUUUGACAUAUAAUAAUCAGGGGCACCUCCAGGUGUAUGGGCGUCACUGUUUUAGUCAGUUGGACAGUUUAAACUAUUUGUAUUUUCAUGCUUGUGCAUGCUUUCAAUAUAUAACAAUCCUAUAUAUGAUAUAUUAUGUAAACACCCCUAAAAUCAACAUACAAUAUCAGAUCUAGAGUAGAUACUUAUCUUGUUGAUCACUUGGAUGCUUGUUUUAGUGAAAGUGGCCACUCCACCCACCUAGUUAUACAUUAGUUUAGUGUAAAAGUGAACAAAACAUUACAUAUUGCCCUCCUAUGGGAUAAGUUCACGAUUCCUUACAUGGAAUAAGAACCUCCUCAUUGGCUGGGCCACUUCCUGAUCUCAACAGGGCCAUGUGCAGAAUCUGGAAACCUUGCAAAUGCAAGGUCUUUAAAGUUAGGUGUGUGCACGCUUAUGAUUUCAUUGCAUUAUCUAUGGUAUUCAUAAAUAAAACUAAAGGUCUUUUCUAACCUAGGAUGUGUUCUUAACAUAAAUAAAAACUUUAUUACAAAAUGUGUACUUCAAAAUUAAAACAUUUCUUCUUUCCCUCUAUCUUCAGGUGACAUGGCUACUGCAGUGACAGUGCUAUGAGAGCCAUGAUGUUUGAGUGACGAUAGGCAUGGAAUGUGGCACAUGGGGGGACGCUGCAAUCGAAAAAUGAGACAAACUCUGCAUAGCUUCAUAACUAUGUCACUAGUUCUAUUUUGGGAUAGUGGUAUGUCCAGCUUAAUAAUUUACUGUUCCAAACUUCUUUGACCUGCCUGUCUACCUGCCUGCCUGCCUGUCUGUCUGUCUGUCUAUCCAUCUAUCCUUGCCCUUGUGUCCAUGCUUGUUACAGCCUCCUUCAUUAGUGUUUUGUCCACUUUAUCAUUCCAUAACUCCUGUGUCUCCCCUCUCAAUGUGUGUGUACAUUUUCUAGGGCACUGGAGGGCCAAAGAUUGCAUGAGGUGAAGUCUGUUCUGCUUGACAUAGAGAAUAAGAUCUAGAAAUGUUAUUUAUUGAUACUGCAAUACAAGAAUACUCAUGUGGGCCAUUAUUAAUACUCAAGGUUAUUUGAAUUAGCGAUUUUGUUGUUUUAUUAAGGGCCACAUUUCUCCUUUUCAUUAACGGCAAAUCCAUUUGAAAUCUGAUUACUUUAUCCGAAUGAAUGUCAUUUAGGACAACAUGGUAUCUGUUUUAAAUUCAUUUAGUCUUAUAUGUAAAUUCUAUUCAAAGUAAUACAAAUCCUAUAAAUAUGGCACUUCUCAUUUCAUUGGCUGAUUCUUCAAGCCAAGUUCCAGCAAAUCAGAAAGGAACAAGGCCCAUUUAGUGAAAGCUACAGGUUUGUUUGUUUUUUUUAAUCAGAAUUGUGGUCUUGGCCCACUUAGAUCCUUUUUUAAUGCACUCUUUAUUUACAUUUCUGGUAAUAAUUUGGCUGUUCAUUGUUUAGUAGAUGUACCUCCACCUGUGGCUUAUGAGGUGGGAGUGAAGGGAAGACUUUGUUGUCCCAAUAUGCUUUAUUUUAAUUCUUAAUAUGGUGGCCAACUAGCAAAAGCAUUCAUUAACCCAGAUAAGGCUAAUAGUUUGGGUUUUUAGCAUCUGAAAGUCAGUCGUCCAGUAGUAUAAGGAAACGUUGAAAUCCAGUAGACAUUGAUGAUUGUGAAUUGGAAAACUGAAUACCAAAAUCUGGACAUUAAUAAAUCUACAGUGAUCAGUGUCUGGAAUUUGACUUCCGAAUCCCCGGAUUGGUACUGGAUUAAGUUUGGUAAUCUGGAUUGGGAGAAUUUGGGCUUUAGUGAAUAACCCUGAAUGUUGCAGUUAGUGAAUAUUCAUGUAGACCAUUAGACUGCUGGUAUGUGGUUGAAGAUUCUUGAAAACCAUUACAUUUCUACAGCUUGAAAAAAUGAUCAAUUUCAGCUUAUGAGCGAAUAAAUUCCAAAACGGAUGGACCAACUGUGCAUGCAUUGAAAUACCUGCAAUAAGAAGAAUAUUUAAGCUUUUCCCAAAUCUACCCUUUUGUCCAUCCUUGCUUUCUCUACCAGUUGCAUUUUUUUUUCACUUGUUGUUAUUUCUAUUCCUUAAUACUUUUCUAGUCCUAUUGUGCUUUCAUUCUUGCCUCUAUUCUCUUUCACUCCACCAUGUCUUAUUUAUUGAUGAACCAGAUCUAAACUUUAUUUUCAGUAGAAUGAUCUCAAAAUACAUGAACUGCAUUCAGUAUAUGUUCAUAUAUUUUCAAAUAAAUAAUUUUCUUUUCAUGUAAUGCGGUGUAUAUCAUACGCAUCUUGCAGUAAGUUAAAUUCAUAUGAUAGAGUGAUGGUCAAUUAUUAAUUAAAACAAAGCAUGUACUAGUUCUAACUAUUUCAUGUCUUUUACAGUUUUUGGUGACCCUGGAUAUCUUCUUCUUCGAAAAUCUCAUCACAUAGCUUUGAGCAGAGAUCCUGUGUUUGUGGAUUUCUUCCUUCCAGAUAAUAAUACCAUAACUUCAAAUAAUAUUUCAAUCUCUCUGCUGAACACUGGCAAUAAUCAUAAAAUAACUAGCAAAGAGCUUCCUGCUAACACAACGCAAGGCAGCCUCGUAUUUGAAUGCUUCUAUUUCAUUCAAAAUGGCCUCUACCAAUUUCAAAUGAGCUUACAGAAAGAAAACAGUACCCAUAUCUGUGGGUCGAGCAGUAUAUUGAAUGUCACCUGGCCUUUGUUUCACAUAGACUUGAAUAGGACAUCAAAAGACAACGUGAGAUCAUUUCAGAUUGGAAUCUUCACCAAUGAACUUCUUUGCUCAAUUUAUACUGAUAAAGAACCAGCAAUGUUAUUGGAAGUCGAGCAUACUCACAGCUUCCAAGAAUUGGAGGAACCAAGCAGCGAUAGGUUCAUGUUGUAUAAAACCUACAAGGAAAUCCCAUUGUCCUCCACUCAGUGGGUUGAGUUUGAAUGUGCAUCUGUACGGUCAGAGACUUUCAUUACAGUGUCUUUGAAACCCAUGGAUUCACAAUAUGAUUCAGUCAUUGCUUUCCUUGGACCCAUUGACCUUGUGAAGACCUUCAAAUAUAAGCUGGUCACAUCUCCAGAUGAAAAAUGUGAUGGUUCCAUGAAGAUAUAUGUCAUACCUCCCCCAUGUAAUUAUGUUGAGGGGAACCUAGCUGUAUAUAAAAAAGCAACAAGACAUUUGUCGGAAAGUCCCCCAGUCAUAGCAGAGCAUGUCAUGCGUACAGGAGACAAAAUGGCUAUAUUCAACUGUUCCCUAUUUGACAUUGGAAGAAAUACAUAUUGCUUUGAGUUGUUGAUGCGUAGCAGCAACAGUUACUCAUUUCCAAAGAUCAACGAAUGCGUGGAAAUAAGAAGAGAAAUAGGUGUGUACUGAAAUCAUUUCUACUAACAUUUAUCACAAAGAGGGGUAAAAUUGGUCUUCUACAGUAGAACUUUUACUAAAAUAUUUAAAUAUUAUUAUGUAAUGGGUUCCAUCUGCAGAGUUGCUGUGGCUGUGAGACCAACUGCCAAUGUCUAACUGCAUUUUACAAUUUGUUACUUUCUGUAUAUUGCCACAGUCUUCAUAAUCAAUUGCAGGGUUCUAGCUUAUAGUCACCCAUCGGUUCUUACAAUCAUGGUCACCAUCUGUAACCCCGAACAUUCACAAUAAACACAUGCAUUCCCUUGUACUUCAUUGGAUUUUAUUAUCCUUUUCAUGUUCCAUUCUUAAAUCACAUCUUCACUUUUUAUUUGUAUUAUUCUUCCCAAUUUAUCUCAAAUAUGCAGUUGUCACCUAUAUCUAAAAUAAAACCUCUGUUGACCCAAAUUCUCUAACUACAUUUCAUAUUCUUACCUAAUUUCACCUCAAAGCUUCUUGAACAGCUUGUUAAUACCUGCCUGUCUAAGCAUCUCAAUUCAGGCUUUCCAUUUUAAAUCUAAUUUCCAAAAUCCUAUCUCCUUACUCUGCUAAAACUGCCAUAAUUACAAUGAUCUAUGGUUUAUUCACUGUUAAAUUCAAAGAAAAUUACUUUCUAUUAACCCCUUAGUGACCAGACCAUUUUUCAAUUUUCUUACAGUUAAGUACCAAGUCUCUUUAGCUGUAAUUUUCCUCUUACUCAUUUACUGUACCCACAUAUAUUACAUACCGUUUUUCUCGCCAUUAAAUGGUCUUUCUAAAGAUACCAUUAUUUUCAUCAUAUCAUAUAAUUUACUAUACAUUUUUUUUAUAAAAUAUGAUGAAAGAUUUGUGCAAAAGUUUGUGGAGGGGGAUUAUAAUCUGAAAUAUUCAUGAUUAACAAUGGGACAAGACAAGGCUGUCCACUUGCCCCUAUGCUUUAUAUCCUCACUAUCGAACCCCUAGCCACAAUUAUUUGACAAUCAAAAGAGAUAAUGGGAAUUAAAAAAAAUUAUUAUCAAUAUAAAAUCUCGCUAUAUGCAGAUGAUAUAAUUCUCACUCUUGUCUGCCCAGAGGUCUCCAUUCCAGCCAUACUUAGUUACAUAGUUACAUAGCUGAAAAGAAACUUGCGUCCAUCAAGUUCAGCCUACCUCACAUUUGUUUUUUGCUGUUGAUCCAAAAGAAGGCAAAAAAAAACAGUUUGAAGCACAAUUUUGCAACAAGCUAGGAAAAAAAUUCCUUCUUGACCCCAGAAUGGCAGUCAGAUUUAUCCUUGGAUCAAGCAGUUAUUACCCUACAUUGAAAGAUUAUAUCCUUGAAUAUUCUGUUCUUUGCAAGUAUGCAUCUAGUAGCCGUUUGAACAUCUGUAUGGACUCUGAUAAAACCACUUCUUCAGGCAGAGAAUUCCACAUCCUGAUUGUUCUUACAGUAAAAAAACCUUUCCUUUGCCUUAGACGAAAUCUUCUUUCUUCCAGUCUAAACGCAUGGCCUCGUGUCCUAUGUAAAGUCCGGUUUGUGAAUAGAUUUCCACACAAUGGUUUGUAUUGGCCCCGAAUAUAUUUGUAUAAUGUUAUCAUAUCCCCUCUCAGGCGACGUUUUUCUAAACUAAAUAGGUUUAAAUUUGUUAACCUUUCUUCAUAGCCAAUAUGUUCCAUUCCUUUUAUUAAUUUUGUAGCCCGCCUCUGCACUUUUUCUAGUGCCAUAAUAUCCUUCUUUAGAACAGGUGCCCAAAAUUGCACAGCAUAUUCAAUAUGGGGUCUUACCAGUGAUUUAUAAAGAGGCAAAAUUAUAUUCUUGUCCCGAGAAUGAAUGCCCUUUUUCAUGCAUGACAAUACCUUACUGGCCUUGGCCACUGCUGAUUGACAUUGCACAUUGUUGCAUAGUUUGUUGUCUAUAACAAUUCCCAAGUCCUUUUCGUGUGUUGUUAUCCCUAAUUCGCUUCCAUUAAGGGUAUACGUUGCUUGUGUAUUCUUUACGCCGAAGUGCAUAACUUUGCAUUUUUCAACAUUAAAUUUCAUCUGCCAUUUGAGUGCCCAGUCCCCCAGUCUAUCUAAAUCCCUCUGCAGCAAAGUAAUAUCUUGCUCACAUUGUAUUGUUUUACAAAGUUUGGUGUCAUCUGCAAACACUGAAACAUGACUUUCAAUGCAGUCUUCAAGAUCAUUUAUAAACAUGUUAAAUAGAAGGGGUCCCAGAACAGACCCCUGAGGGACUCCACUUGCCACCUCUGUUCAGCUUGAAAAUUAACCAUUAAUGUCAACUCUUUGUACUCUGUUUUUAAGCCAAUGUUCUACCCAAGAACAAGCAUUUUCAUCUGGACUGAUUUCCUUGAGUUUGAACACUAAUCUAUUGUGUGGAACUGUAUCAAAUGCCUUGGCAAAAUCCAAAUAGAUCACAUCCACAGCAACACCCUGAUCUAUACUUCUACUUACUUCUUCGUAGAACGCAAUCACUUAAGUGUAUAAAGGAUUUUAGUAUUAUAUCAGACUAUAGAAUUAAUCUAACUAAAUCUUAUUCUAUAUAUUGCAAUGUAACAGAUUCAGAGUUAAGCAUUCUAAAAUAGAAAUAUAACUUGAAUUGGUCUGCCGGGUCUUUGGAUUAUCUGGGAAUUAGAUUGGGAUUUAACUAGAAUAAAAUUAUUCAGAAUAAGUACUCCUCUCUUCUUCAAGAAAUAAGAAACUCAUUAAUUAAAUGGAAACCAUUGUAUAUAUCAUGGUUGGGUCGAAUUAGUGUAAUAUAAGAUUACAUUAUACCUAAACUCGAAAAUCUAAUGCGCACAAUUCCUCUGAGGAUACCCAAAAAGUUCCUGAGCGAGUUUCAUAAAAUUUUCCUGAAAUUCAUAUGGGGUCACAAAAAAACAAUAACUUCUUAUAAAAAUCUUUGUCAAAACCUAAAGGAUGGUGAGUCUCAUUUCCAUAUGUAUUCAUGAAACUCGAUGCAAUUAUGAUCACGCAUCUUUUAGCUUCAAAUUAUAAAAAAACAAGCUUUGGAAUACUUAAAGCAUUUCUGGUUAAUCUGGCUAGAUACUAUAGCUUUUAAAAAACUGAAAGGUCAAAACAAAAUUCUUAUAGACCUAUUUAGGUCUAUGAAAUAUCUAAAAACAUGUUCUAAAAUUGAAAACAAUCUCUCAGUCUUGGCACCUAUAAAUGUACUUAUCAGUCAUCUUUCAGAUAUAAAUAGAUGUAAAUCGAAAGAGGCGGGAUUUAAACUUUUGGGAGAUCUAUAUAUAUAUAUAUAUAUAGGUAACAAUCUAAAAUCAUUUCAAGAAAUACAGGAAAGGAAUAUCUCUUUAAAAUCUGAGUUCUUAACCUACCUGAAAAUAAAAAACAACGGGAGAAAUAAAACAAUAGCUCCUGAUUUAUUUGAUAAAAUAUUCUCGAUAGAUGGGAACAAUAAUUUAAUCUAAAAAAUAAACAAGAUACUCGAUGAACAUAAACCUAAUGGGAAAUUAAAUAGUGUCAUGAAAUGGGAACACGAAAUUGAAGUUAAUUUCUCAGAUGAAGAGUGGGCAAAAGCAUUCAAGUUACCCCCCCAAAAAAUUCAUAAUACUAUCAUCUAUGAAAAUUACAUUAAGAUCUUACAUAGAUGGUACAUGGUUCCGGCAAAAGUAUUUAAAUUUCAAAAGAAUAUUCAAAAUAUUUUUCGUAGUGGUAAUUUAAACCCAGGUACACAUAAACACAUAUGGUGGGUUUGGAUAAAGCUUCUGCCUUUAAAAAAUAAAUUAGAAUGAGUUAUUGGUAAAAUUAUGCGUCUUACAUUUCGAAUAUCAUCUCAUACCUUUCUUUUUCAUUUAGACCUACCUAAUAAUAAUAAAUAUUUUCAUAUGCUGGCGAUAGAAAUUCUAAUGGCAGCAAAGAUAUGUAUCACUAGACGAUGGAAUACAUCUAUAAUCCCUUGUUGGACUGAGAUACAAAUUCAGGUGAAUUAUCAAAGUUUAAUGGAAAAGGCGAUAUAUGCUAACCUUGGUAAUCUUGAGAUGUAUCAUAGCAUAUGGAAUCCCUGGGUGAAUGGAGGUUUUACAGUGGUGGACUAUAUGGACCUCCCAUUUGACCCCCACUGACAGUGCCCUAUUGUGUAAAUGGUUUAUCAGGUUGGUAGUGUAAAUGAGGAAUAUUGUUACCCUACAGCUUUUGUGCAAAUAAAAAUAGCAAGCACAUAGAGUUGGAAUGAAUGAUGGGGGAAUUUCACAAGAUAUCUAGUUUACUACGGCUAAUAUUAGAUUCCCCAGGAAUGGUAUAAUGUAAAUUGAGUAAUGUACGAAACUUAAAGAUAAAAUGGAACAAGAAAAAACAAAUGAUGAUUUGGUAUUUGACAACAAUGUUCCUAAAGACUAAGAAAACAUGAAUUAAAAAUACCAAUUACUGAUGUAAUAAAAGAACAACAAAAAAAGAACACUGUAGGGUCAGGAACACAAACAUGUAUUCCUGAUUCUACAGUGCUAAUCUAGCCAUCUUGUCCACCUAAAUAUAGUAAAAUCUUACCAUUAUUCCAAUCUGCUGGUGCUGGCUCUGCCCCUGACCUGCAUGCUUGACUGACAUCAGAAGUGGUUAUCUCAGCCAAUCACAAUGCUUUCCCAUAGGAAAGCAUUGGAUUGGUUAUAACUGUCAAGGAGGCAGAUCAGGGGCAGAGCCAGCACAAGUGAAACACAACUCUGGCCAAUCAGCAUCUCCUCAUCGAGAUGCAUUGCAUCAUAUAUUGCUAGUUUUGCAACUUAUUAAAUAACUGUUAACGUUCACGAGGGACCACCUGGAGAAUGAGUCAGAGUUACUGUGGCAAUACUCUGGCUCAGUCAAGCGCCAGACCGAAAGAGCAUGUGACAAAUGUCCGCCAAGCAGAGCACCUCCAGGCCACAAGGUAUUAGGAAGAGGGUAAAAAAAAAUAAAAAAAUAGCAUUGUUUUAAUGUUACAUGUUACAUCCACAACCCUCACAUUGAGGGGGGCCCUUCUUUGAUUCUAUCCAUUCUGCCCAACGGAAAAUUGUAGGAAAUUUUAAGCACCUGAUAUAUUUUUUUAAAUUUGAUCCCUAUUUUUGUUUUUAAAAAGUUACAAUUUGGGUACAAUAAACACAUUGCUGCAGAUUUGCUCUUAGUAUACUUGUAAACAUUUUUCAUAAAAAAUGCUCAUUUUACCCAUGUUUUUUGUCUUAGUAAAUAAUGAAUAAUCAUCUAAAAUAAUUCUGCCAUUAAAUGGAUAAACAUACUCAGAUUAAUGUCUUUUCUGGCUGUGAUCAAUAUGGUUAGGUAUUUUGUGUUUACCAUUUACAGAGACAUGGAGCCUGUGGCAAUCAUGGAGUCCCUGCAGCACUACAUGUGGAGAUGGUCAAAGACAGCGACACAGGGAAUGUCUUUCAACGUCACUUUUAAAUCCUUCUUGCAAUGGAAGCCCAAAGGAGAUCUCCAUUUGCUCUCUAGAAGACUGCUCAAGUAGGUUAAUGGUCUCUCUAACAAUUUUCUAUAGAGAUCAAGAUGAACGCUACUCUUGCUAAAAAAAAAAAACAACAAAAAAACUAUUGAAGAAAAAAGAGACUACGAAUGCAUGAUAUAGAUUUCUUUUACACUCUCACUACCACCUUCAAAAUUCUGUGGAGGAUUUCUGCCACCCCUUCUUUUUACUGUCUUCUGAAACACUUUCCUCAUGCUGCACCUAUGCUCUGAAUUCUAACCCUUGCUUUAACCCUCAGAAUUAAGCAUUCUCGCACCAUAAUAGUCUGCAUAGUGAUUCAGGAAAAAUCUCCCUUUCACUCUCCACCUUAACCAUCUCUUUUCAGUAGAAAUUCUUCUCUCACUAUGAGAUCUUCUUCCCAAGUACAGGGUCCUCCAUCUUUCUGUACCUAUAAUGGUUAAGAGUUUCUUACAUUUUUUUUCAAUAAGAAAUUCUAAUUUCUAGAUGUAAUAAGUAGAGUAGAAUAUAACCUAGCUCAGGUCCCUUCAUUUUAUUUUAGGUACAAGUGGGGUUUAUCAUAGAGUUGAUGCAGCCUACGUAUCUCACAAUAAUGUAUUGAGCCUGCUUAACAUAAGAUAAUGUAUGGAGCCUGCUUAGCAUAAGAUUAAAUAACAUAAACCACUUUAAGUGUUUAUUUGAAACCAAUGUGAUUCAGAGAGGGCAAAUGCAUUGAUCCCCAAGAGCCUUUGAUUUUCUUAUAAUAUAUAAUAAGGAAACUAUAAUAAUUGCCACUGCUGGUGUAGUAGAUAAUGGAUGCAGGGAUGACUGGUUCAUUUUAAUGCAGACCAGCAAUGUGACUAUUUUUAAGUACUGUGAUAAUACAAUCCAAUAGAAUUAUAGCCACAAAUUAAUAUAAGGUAUAUUUUACCAAUUAGUUGAAUGCAUCUGGUCCUUGGAAAUAAACAUAGUAUACUAGCUUUAGGGCUAUAUAUAUUGUGAUAAAGUGAAGGCAGAUAGGCCUUUUAACCCCAGGGGGAGUAUGUGUAGUUUGUGUGUUGCACAACACAAAGCAUUGUUUAGUUAUGGGCCCCUGGGGUGGAGCAUUUGGAGAGAAGGGUGGGCCAAUGCUCCACUCCACAGUUUAGUGGUUUUCUGGGGAGACAUAGAUCCAGGCCAGGGUUUUUUGGACCGUCUCCAACCCACUGCUCAGCUGCAGUUAAUGAGCUAUUGCAGUGGGAAUAAACCCCUCCCGGCUAGGCAGGAAAAGGAGAGGGAUUGCUGGCUUCCUCCCAGGAAGCAGGUAGGAGAGAGAGGCUGUUCUCUCCAGAUAGAGUCAAGGAGACUAGGCACUUGGAGUGCAGAAAGGAAGCAGUCAGGGCAAGGUUGGCUUGGAGCACUGGGAGUGCAGAAAGGAAAGCAGUCAGGGCAAGGCUGGCUUGGAGCACUGGGAGUGCAGAAAGGAAAGCAGUCAGGGCAAGGCUGGCUUGGAGCACUGGGAGUGCAGGAAAGGAACGCAACAGGCUAGCCAGCAGAGUGUUGCUAACUAAUAAGGUUGGUGCCAUAUGUUUUGUUAGUUUAACCCUGAUAGAGAGGGACAUUCAAAGUUAGUUAGUGCUCAGACCGAGCUAGGUUUUUGUUUAUAGGGUUUUGUGUUUCAUUUAUGUUUUAAUUUACUGCUGUAUCCUGUGUGGAUUUAAAAAUAGAGUGCCUGGAGUAUAUGCAUUUACAAGGACUGUGCAUGUUUUUGCCCUAGAGGACCGUGCUACCUGCCGACAAGGAUCACAAUAUAUAUAUAUAUAUAUAUAAAUGUGUAUAUAUAUAUAUUUCUUUGCAUAAUCAUUACUCUAAAAAAGGAUGUACAAUGUGUAAUCCAAUACAUCUAUAUAUUUUUGUAUAAUUUCUAUUUGGAUAUAUCUGAUUUAUUAUUCUUUUUAUAUUAUAGCAAUAAAGCCUCCAAUCAAAUCUACGAAAAAUUCCAAUGGAGAUAGUAAAACAACAAGUAAUACUGUAACUAUAACUGGAAUUUCUUUAUGUCUGUUCAUCAUCGUCAUCACCAUUGUUAUCACUGUCUGGAGGAAGCUCAGCAAAGCUCAGACAUGCAGUUCCACUGUUAGACAUAACUCUAAUCAUUCAGUCAGCUGUCGAAAGAACUCAGAUGAGGAGAAUAUCUACCAGUUGAGGGAGAGUUUUUCUGAUACAGGGGAAAUUCUUAUGGACAGCACAGACGAUGCUGUUCAUAUACCUUUAAAUUACAGACAAAGUUCCCCUGUUUCCCAAGAGCAAGCAAUCAAAGAGAUUGACGAUUCACCAAACGUUCAGAAGAUAAUUCCACCCAUUUUCAGUUAUCGUCUUGCACAGCAGCAGCUUAAAGAGAUGAGACAAAAGGGACUUUCUGAGGCCACCAAAGUAUAUCAUGUUUCUCAGAAUCCUAUGGCGGACACCGCAGUAGAUAUGUCAUUGAAUCCACCACCUAUCAAUGAUAACUCAGAUGAAACCAACACAAACAAAUUCAGGAUACAGUCUCCGUUUUUAGUGCCAAAGAACACUCAUGGUCGUGAUGAAAGACCCAACUCAAAGUCUGUAUUCUCACCAUCACACGGAGUAACUCCUAGUCAAACUCUCCCCAGGUUAUCCCACUUAAAGAAUCAAGACACAAAAUCAAGGCACUAUGAGAGAGGUUGUCAAAAAAAUAACUUUAGGAGAACAUCUAGUUUUCAUGACACUAAACACAACAAGCCCUAUAGGGAAAGAAGUCUAACAACACUUUCUCCAAGACAUUCUAUGUCUUAUAAUGCCAAGACAAGGACAUGGGAAUGUUCUACAGUAGAACGAUCAAAAUAUAAACCAACAAGGACUGAUAAGAGCACUGACAAUAUUACAAGGGGCAUUAAUUUCAAAGAUUCAACUGGCUAUCUUACAAAGAGUUCCUAUGUGAGACCAAUGGGGAGUAAGCCUGAUUUAAUCUGUAGUAGGCAGCUGUCGGCUAGAACAUCAAAUGCAGAGAGGCCCGAGCAAAAUCGACCCAGAAAAGGCCCCUCUCCAGUGAAUACAACUUGGAAUAGAGUACACCGGGACCUCUCUUCUUCACCCAAAGAUAGUUAUAACAAAAAAAGUUCUCUGAUUUCUGUGCAAAACAGAAAAGAAAAGUGUCAGAGUUUCCCAUGGGGAACAGAGUAUUCGUUUUAUGACAAUUCAACAUUUGGACUCACAGAGGCAGAGCAGCAAAUGAUUGAUCUUCCAGGAUAUUUUGCUUCCAAUGAAGAGGAUGAAACUAGUACAUUAAGCGUGGAGAGACUGGUAAUUUGACCCUAUUGUCAUUGCCUCUUGAAUUAUUUAUAUUUGGUUAAAAAAAUCCUUAUUUCUCUUUCAAAUGAUUGGGCGGUGGGGAAUUUCGACCACUUGCUUUAAACUUGGGAGAAUUUAGGAAUAAAAAGGCACUUGUCAAAUUUUUAUACACACACGUUUUUUUUUUUUUGUUUUUUUUUUUUUUACUUGAACACUGUUAAAAAUCACAGUAACUACUACUGAAUCUAUCAAAUAUAUCCAGUUUUACAUUGAAUACUUGAAAAAAGACUUAUGUUUCAGCUUUAAUAAAUAUAACAAACUAAUGGAAAAAAAGAUUGAUUUUGCAUAACUGUUCACUCAUUGUCUGUAAAUUAGCACAUUAUCUGAUUCAUUAGCAUUGAUCACAUAAGCUGAUCAGCAUAGAAUAGCAAGAUUUCAGGAGACACUUGGUUACUGGGAAAUCUCAUUACAACAUGCCACUUGGUGAUGUUUACACCAUUCUUUUUUUUUUAAUUAUUCUUUAUUUUUGCAAUGCAUAAAGAGGAGAACAGACAAGCCCAGAAUGCCCCAACAGCUAUAGCAGGCAGUUCAAAACACAUAUCAGGAUGGAUGUGUGGCAUUUCAACAUAACAGCCUAUUUAUAUGGUGUAAUAGAUUCAGGCUAGCUACAUAUGUCUAAAACAUUGGCUUAAACUAGGCGGGUAGACACAAGAGGCAAGUUAGACAUAGUGAUUAAUAUCAAGAAAGAAAUAAUAUGAUAAAACAUGCUUAUAUCGGUAGCCUAGUACGCUAAACUGCACAUUUUGAACUAUUGGAUGUCAUAUUAGGUAAACGUGUCUACAAAGUUAGAAAAUGCUUGGAAAAACGCAAAAAAUAUGUCAGGAACACUAGUUAGUCAAUUAGGAUAAACUAGACACAUAGAGUUAUGUAGAUGCAAUGAAACAUGCUUAUAGAGUAAAAGAAAAUUAAAGUAAGUUGCUUGUUAACAACUAAGCUUGCUGUGGGCAACAAAAUUACCGGCGCCGGCUCCCCUCAUGCUGCAGCUGCCUGAGCGCUCUAUAGAGAGCUUCAGGCGGCUGCAGCACUGCCCAGGCCAGCGAGUCCAUGAGGGCGCACCGGCCCGGGGGCGCAAAAUAUGAGGGAUCAGCAGGAGGGAAGCGCUCAGCGCUCCCUCCUGCCAGUCCCUCAGUGUAACAUGGCCGAGCUGGUAGGUGCUGGUAGGGGAGAAAGCGACACACAGAGGAGCUCAGAAGAGAUAAACACAAAGGGGCUAGGGGGAGUAAGACACACAAAGACGUUGGGAGGAUGUAGGAGACAUACAAAGAGGGGGAUACGAGACAAACAAGGGGCUUGCAAGAGAAACACUAAAGGGGGAUGUAAGAAAAAAAAAUAUUAUAUUUUUUCUGCUCCCCUCUCAGCCCCUAUCCUACCCCACAAACUCUCUUUCACAAUACACACUCACACAGACAUACAAUGCAUCCCUAUACAUACACAGAAACACACAACGCAUGCCUACACACACACAGAAACACACCGAGCUUCCCUUACACACAGAGAAACGCACAAUGCAUCCAUUACACACACAAUGCAUCCCUUACACACACACUGCAUCCCUUACACACAGAAAGACUCAAUGCAUCCCUUACACACACGGCUUCUCUUGCACACACUCAAUUCAUCCCUUAGAGACAAACAAUGCACCCCUUACAGACACACACACUGCAUCCCUUACAUACACAUAAACACACCUUGCAUCCGUAACACAUACAAACACAGAUUCACACAAUGCAUCCCUUACACAUAAUACAUCCUUACACACAAACACACACUGCUUUCUAUCCUUUACACAAAAACACACUGCAUCCACUACACACACAGACACUGCAUUGCCUACACAAUGUCACGAUUACUAUGUGACCCAACACGCAAAACUAUAUUAACACAAACAACGUAUACCAGAUCUUAGAAUGGCCGGAUUUAACGUAAAAGAGAAUGGUCAAAUAACAAGCCAAGGUCGGGAAUACAGAAUAAGACAAUACAAAUAAGCUAGCCAAGGGUCAGGAUACCAGAAGUAGGGAAAGGCAAAAGCAAAAGUAAAAAAACAGAAAUACAAUACUAAGAACUUGCUUGCUGACAACCAACAAGUGGAAACCAUGUCAGGGCACUGAGAAAAGGCAUUACAGGGUUUAAAUAUGCCGCUCCGUGCUGUGAUUGGUUAUUACAUGGCCCUUGACCCCAAAACGUGCACGUGCGUCGAUAUCAUGACGUCACACACACACCGGCACCAUCUUUUAUGUGGGCAGUGUGCCCUUUAACUUUGAGAACGUCCCUUUGAAUGCCGCACCAGCCGGGAUCCGUCUUCAUUGAGAAUCGGGCUGCACUCUGCUGCGAUCUAGGUAAGUUAUUUUUUCCCGUUUCGAUCAGGGACUUACUUUUAUUAGAAGUAUUGACACACAAACUGGUAUCCCUAUACUCUACAUUCCAUAAGCACACACAUUAGAUCCUCUAUGGAUGGGCCUUAUGGGCAUACUCACUGUCAGGCCAUGGGGGCCAGACCUUGAGCUAUGCAAAGGGCACCAAAAAAUUGAGCUGCUUCCCGUUCCCCCAGAACAUUGAUUUUUGUGACCACAGUUACAAACAGCCUCCAGAGAGCCUGUUCUAUCCAGACCAGUGGAGCCAGACUGCAGCCAGAGCCCAUCACCAUCCUCAUCUGGUUGUAAGUAGGCCGUCUAGUAUAUUAUUAGUGACACUAAUCUCUAAUUUACCUCACAUUAAAAGAACACUAUUGUCCCCAGAACCAGUGCAGCUUAAUGUAGUGGUUCUGGUGUCUAUAGCCUGUCCCUGCAGGCUUUUUUAUGUAAACACACACUGUGUGCAGCACUGGCGUUUGUUCAUAUGACAGAACAUAUGGGUUGGGCAUUGUGAUGUCACAUGGUGGGUAGCGCAUAAGGGGGGGGGGAGGCAGAAAUCCUUGCACUGGCCCUGACUUCACUACCAGAAUCAAGUAUAAAUGUUUCUACUUUAGUCCACAAAGCCUCACUCACUCUCAUUUAUACUCUAGCAAUGAUUACCAGCCCAUCGAGGAACAAAUUUCUCUGCCAGAAGCCACUGCUUUAAUAACUGCAAGUGUGCUGAAAAUGUUUGCUCCCCUGCUUCCAAAAAGUAAAGGAAGUUUCAAUGGGUUUAAUCAUUCCUACUGUCAUGGAGAUGAGAGAAUUGAAUGGAUUCUACCACUUCACUCUUAGCAUUACAUUAGCAGUCUAGAGAUUGAUAAAGACUUUUUUUUAAAAUAUGUUAUUUUAAUUGUAGUUUCUGUAUGUGGGAAUUUUAUUUAUAUGCAGACAUGUUUACAUUCUGUUGCCACUUUCAGUAAGCUGUACUGCUAGUAAGCCCUUCAUGAGUUCCUGGGUGGAAUAUUGCAUAAUAAAGGACACUGUAUACUGACUAAAUCUUUUCAAUCCCCAAAUAUUUUCUAUAAAAGAUAAACAAAUAAGCAGAAAAAAAAUAAAAUUGUUACGUUUGUCUGAAAAAGCAAUCUGUACACAAAAUGGCAGUGUUUUGCUUUGUUUAUAUGCUAGCUAUGCAUCCCUUGUUUCAAAUAAAUCUUAUACUAAUAUUUUUUUCUGCAGGGGUAGGCAGCCUUUCAGUAGCACCGUACCAAAACAAGAUCUUGAAGUCCCUUGGCGAGCCAGUCUUAUUCUUUUGAAUUGAGGUUUUAUAUUGCCGUAUUGUGCUUGUGUAAUUUAUGGUUUCUGCAGUUGCUUUGUAACAUUGUAUUUGUGCGUAUUUGGGCUGUUAUGUUGUAUAUUUUCAUGAGUACUUGGUUUUAUUGUGUAUGAUACCAAUGAAUGUGGGCUCUGUAUGGGGGCUGCUUAUGGAAUUGUGUGUGUAUAUGAAAUGUCACAUUGUGUGUUUGGUGGUGUUUGUAUGUGUUAUUGCAUGUGAGAGGCUGCUUGUGUGGUUGUGUGCAUGCAUGUGGAUUGUCAGUGGUGUGUGUGUGUGUGUAUAUGUGUGUAUAAUUUGUAUGAUGGGAAGAAUUCUUCUGCAGCUCUGUAUAGCUAGCAGUGUGUGGCUUCCCUGGGGUUCAGUGGGGACCUGGAUGGCCAGGGACAGGUCUAGGGGAGGAGCUGCGAUAGCUGGUGUGGGCUGCUUUACUCCAGUGUGGUUUCUCGUUCACAAGUCAGGAGAGGAAGUGCUGCAAUGCGUAACUUGAGGAUUGCCCCUCACCACCUGCAAAUGCUGAUCGGUUUGCACUAGCAGAUAUCUGAAGUCCCACUGGGACUCCUGAUAGGCCAGAGCCUGUUUAUCUCGGGCACAGGUGCCAUUGGUUGCUGACCCCUGUGUUAGCGUAUAAAGAACAAUUACUUGAAAAAAGCCAGUAACAGUGGUUUGUUUAAAUGUUUGCGUAGGAGGUACACACUGGGUUUCCUAUUUUACAUGUGUGAAUUUGUUCUCAGACACAGUUAUUACCGAAAGUGUGACAUUUGGGGAAUUUAAAGUGAAUUUCAAGUUUUGGGCCGCAAUUGCUAAAAUGUAAAAAUAGCCGACUUGGAGAAUUUUGCCAGCUCAGCUUUUUUUGGCCUUAAGUGUAAAAUUCACUCUGAAUUCUGUAUAUUUCACUCCUUAGGGGAUUAACCUUGUUAAUGUGAAGAGUAAAUAUAAAAUCACAUGGAAACAGAUAACAUUUAAUGUCAUUUACUGUGUUUUAAACAUUAUAUGGACGGGCAUUCCAAGGCUUUAAUUUCACAUACAAGCAAAUAUAGCUUCUGUUCACAUGUCUUUUGAUAUCCUGUCUGAUUAGUAUAAUUUUCCUAGAUAUUGGAACUUGCUGUACAGUAAAUUCUGCAAAGUAAAUAAUAUGAAAAAUAUACCGGUAACAAUAUAUUUUAACAGGAGCUGUAUCUAGCUGCUUUUGCACUAUUUCAGCUGACAUCAGUGUAAUUGGUGCCUGUCCUUGGCAAUAACGUUCAAUUAACCAUUUAUGCCAGUUCCACUGCCCACAUCGAGAAAUGUGGGUCUUCUGAUCUUCAUUGAUACAUGUUUCAAUGAGUACCACAAGCCUCGCCAAGUGGACCAAACGAUUCCGUUGUCAUAUUCACCAGUGUAAUUUCCAUUUUUGUAAUAUACGCCAUUUAAGUUGGCUAUAUGGCACCUAGAGGGAAGAAAGCAAAUGAAGAAAGAGAAAUUAGUCAUGGCCUAGAUUCCAUACCCAAGUCAACAUUCUGUAAUGGAACCCUUCCUUCCAAAUCUCUUCCUGAUCAUUCCUACUUGGGUGUUCCCAUCGCUUUUAAUAAUAAUCUUAUGUUCCACAACCCUGCACGGUCUAUGUUCUUAGCUUUCCCAUUCUUCUCUUUUCAAUUAAGUGGAUAUUCUGUUUUAAUAUAAAGGUAUUUAAAUUGUGAAUAUGUGAUUGUUAGCUGUUUUCCUUUGAGAACAUCCAAUCAUAGUUCCUGCAGUGCUGUUACGGAGCCUUGCACACUGUCCAACCAUGGCCUUGGUUUAAAUAUUUUUGACAAGUAGUUAAAACAUUUUGUUUAAACAUUUGAAAUGUAAUAUUUUGCUGAAAAAAACUUUUUUUUUUUAUUUGUUGAUAUAUUUUUUAUAUAAUAUAGAUAUACAUAUAAAAAAUAUUGUUUUUAAUUAUUUAUUUAUGCCACAGGCAGACACAUGUUUGACUUAACAUGGUAUACAAGAUGUAUACAAAGACAUAGCACAAAAACAUACGAAUAAUAAGUUGUUUUGUCAGACUGUGUGUUAUGUUGUAGUGCUUACACACUGUAUUAAAUCAGCCUUAAUAUGAUCUCAUACAAGAUAGUGUUAUGAUCACGUCACGUAAGUAAUUAAAUUGAUUUCAUUUGUUGUAGAGUCAUGCACGAGAGGCAAUAAGGCAGAUUUGUCUUGCCCACUUUGAAAUUUGAUCAAUAGAUCAAUAGAGGCAGCCGAUGUGUUCGUCUGAGGCUUUGGCAGGCAGAACAUGCCGUCUAGUUCAAGUGUGGAAGUUCAGGCAUAGCAAUAUCAUCUGACAGGCCUAUUAUCUUCAGUGUUCCACUAUCUUUUAUCUUAAAGUGCUGCUAGUUGGUCUUCCAGAUGGUCAUCGACCUGUUUCUUCAAUUUAGAAAUUUGUGCACCGUGGGUCACUGCAGUCUUCUCCACAAUGCUAAGUCCUCUGACCUGGGAGAUAUCUGCCAGUAUGCUGUGAUGAAGGUCCACCAAGAGGAUUGUUAGAAUGGCUGUGGUCACCGGAGUAGAUGCCCCCUUGACCAAAAGGUGAGAUUUAAUGGUGUUCCUGAAAGCCCAGAUUCUCUUUUCUAUACAGCGGCAGCUAGCCAAAAGUGUCUGAAAAAUCUCAGAGAUCCAAC